AUGCCAGGCUUAGUACCGGCUCUGGUUAUGAGCAACACGAAAGAUGAUUUAUUGAAGACACUUAAUAUGGCACCUGAGACAUAUGCAAUGAUGGCAAAAGAAGCAGAUCAAGUCUAUAGAUGGCUAACGCAAGAACGAUAUCACCUCAAAGACAACUGCUCACGCAAACCCCCAUAUGAUUGGUCUGACAUCCGUGAUCGUUCAAAAGAUGAAGCGUACAUUCGAAUUGCUCAAUCCGGAGAUGCUCACACGAGCUAUUACUGGAAUCUAGCGGAACCCACCGAGGAUUGUCCGAAUUGGAUUGCAAGGUGGUUCUUGUACCAUAAGUUUCGGUACCGGGAUGGAAGGAAUAGAAAUCCGGCGAGAGCGGAUGAAGGGAGGAGCUCGGGAAGUAAGAGGGAGAGGACGAAGGAGGUGAAGAGGUCGAGCCAUAGUUCGUCGAGCUCGAGACCGAGUACGUAUCAGGAGACACCUAAGAGUUCCUAUUACGGGACAGCGGCGGAGAGUUCUUCCUCAUACUCCCAACAAUACUACCAAUCAGACCAAUACACGACAUCAUACUACCCCAGCACCGACUACCCAUCCAGCGACUACCCCGCAACCGAAUACCAACAAUCAAGUUAUAACAGCACGCCCAGACCAGACGCCGACGAAGAGGAAUACGCUAGUCCGAGUCCAAGCACCUACUAUGAUCCGGUGAGAGAUUCAGCGCACUCGGCCCAUUCGGGACAUUCAUCGCAUGCUGGGCAUUCUUCGCAUUCGGGGAGGAGACGGCGAUGA